AAAAAAUUAAAGAGACGAAUUGGUCUGCCAUUAAAAAUGCGCCUUUUCCUGCUGAAGGAGUGGGUAACCAAAGUUACAACAAUUAUCAUUUAGUCGGCGGAAUGAUUGGAUAUUUUUUUGGCACUUCAAAAUACUCUUCACCAUGGAAGAAUAAAGUUAACCUUCCAGGAAAAAAUGUUGAAGAGUAUAUCAAGAUAAAGGACGCAUCAUUAUCAAUAUACUCUGGCAGAAAAAAGAUUCCAAUGGAACUUUUUUUUGAGAAUUAUUUUGAUAAUAAAAUCGAUCUUGGUG